AUGUCCUCUUCACCAGUGUCCCGUACAGAAGACACAGAGAGGAGUUCUCCAAUCCCGCCCGUCAAAGAGAAAGUAAAGAGAAGAUGGGUGAGCUACAUCUGGGAUACUUUUGACAAAACACCAGAAGAGCGGCGACUUAUCUUCAAAUUUGAUUCGGCAAUUUUGACUUUUGCAUCACUUGGGUACUUCAUCAAGUACUUAGAUCAAGUCAAUAUCAGCAAUGCAUUUGUUUCUGGAAUGAAAGAGGACCUGGACAUGUACGGCGACCAGCUCAGUUACAUGCAGACAUGCUGGACUGUGGGAUAUGUGAUUGAUCAAAUACCUAGCAAUUUGCUCUUAACUCGCAUCAAACCUCGAUACUGGAUUCCAACUGCAGAGCUAUUGUGGACAGUCCUUACUUUCUCCUUAUCGCGAUGUAAUACUUUGACUCAGUUUUAUGCCAUCCGCACAUUCUACCCAGGGAUGCAAUACAUCAUUGGAUCUUGGUACCGGAAAGACGAACUUGCGAAGCGAUCAUAUAUAUUCCACACGAGUGGUGGAGUUGCCAGUAUGUUCUCCGGGUAUCUUAUGGAUGCCGUUCUGAACCUCGCAGGCAAAGGGGGCUUCAAGGGAUGGCAGUGGCUUUUCUUAAUCAACGGCAUUAUCUCCCUCCCAGUAGCCAUCAGUAGCUAUUUCGUCUUGCCCGAUGUUCCCGAGAUCUCAGAACCGUGGUAUCUUACCAAGGAGAAAGUGGCGUUGGCACAACAAAGAAUGCAAAUGGAAGAUAGAAAGAACAGAGGGCCAUUUACCAAGGCAAAACUGAAGAAAAUCUUCUCUUCCUGGCAUAUCUAUCUUCUGAGCUUGCUUCAUAUUCUCUUCAAUAAUGCCGCUGCAAGCAGCCAGCCCGUCUUUCAGCAAUUUCUGAAGGAGUCCACAGACCCGACAUACACCACAGACAAGGUCAACGCAUACCCAACUACCACCUACGCGGUUCAGGUCGUGACGACUCUUGUGUAUGCUUGGUGCUCUGAUACGUUUCUUAAUGGGAGUCGAUGGCCACCGAUAAUCUUUGGUGCAUGCCUAUGUUUCAAUGGCAGUCUGGGACAUUCCGAUGGGGUGGAAGUGGACUUGUUAUAUUAUCUGUGGUGCAGGGUUCGGACUGAGUGGUCUAUUGAUGGCUUGGGCUCACGAGAUUGCUCUGAAGAUAAUGAGGAGCGAUCCCUUGUUAUUGGAAGCAUGAAUGAGAUGGCGUAUGUUGUUCAGGUAUGGCUUCCUCUUAUAGUUUGGCAGCAGGUCAAUGAACCGAAGUAUCAGAAAGGCUUUAUCACAGUGAGCUGUCUGUCUCUGUGCUUUAUUAUUGCUACUUUUGUUGUUCGGCAUCUGGAUCACAAGGAGCAGCGAGCAAAAGAAAGUCAAUUGGAAGGGGUAGCAGGAGGUGAUGAUGACUUUGGGUCGCCUGUGAUCGCACCAUUCGAUACGAAGACCUCGAGGGAUUGA